CAUUAGUUUUCUUUAAUUUUAAAGCACCACUAUUCUAGUAACCAAACAUCUUUAAGGCCAUAACCAAACACCAUCCUAAACUCAUAACCCAUAACCAACCUCCAGAUUUCCUCGUCAGUCGUCGUCGACCGAUACCCCACCUUUUCACCGCCUUCCCUCCCCAGCAUCUCUCUCUCAAAGUCUGCAAUUCCUUUGAACGUCAAAGUUCCAAACCUCUUGUCUUCCAGAACCUCUAAUUUUGCGGAUUUCCAUAACCCAAUUUUACCGAGCUCAGAUCUGGACGCCGGCGAGGGAUUGAAACUGACGUCGCCGGAGAAAAGAGGGAUUGGGAGUGGUCGGGAAUGAGAGUAGGUCGCCGGAGAAGUAACGGACUGCGGGGGUUGCUGGAGAAAGAAGGGUUGAGGAAGACGGCGGGGUGAUUGGUUACAAGAAUAAGCAAGUGUUUGAUUGAGUUUCACUUGACAGGUGGAAUAAUUUUAUUGGACCACAUAAGUGGUCAGCUUGUCAGUGUUAUCCUAGUUUUAUACGUCUCGUGGGUUUGUCUUUGCUUCGUUUGUCAUAAAUAAUGGGCUCCAAGCGGCCAAUUUAUAUCUGAGUUCGCCCUCUUCUUGCCACAAGCCAAAAACCCUUGCUCCCAUUAAGCUUUUUUGCCCUCUUCCAUAAUUUUGAUACAUCUAUAUUCUCUUUUACCAUGUGUAGAGGAAGUCUCUUACUAGUUCCAUAUGGAGCCCUUCUUCUACUCUUUCUUCUUCCCUUUAUUUGUUCCCAAACAUCGAUACCUGAAAAUAAUUCUGAUUGUACUCUUUCUUGUGGCAAUAUUGGCAUAAGCUCUCCAUUUCGGUUAAAAGGAGACCCUCAACACUGUGGCAACCGUAAGUACGAGCUAGCUUGUGAGGAAAAUGUUACAAUCCUGUACUUUUAUAACCGAAAGUUUUACGCCAAGGCGAUCAAUUACAAUAACUUUACAAUCCGUUUUGUGGAUGCUGCUGUUCAAAAGAAAGAUAACUACUACUCCAUCCCGCGUUACUCCUUAACCCCAUCCAACUUUAGUUAUCCGAAUCCUUACAGCAAUUAUCUACCCCGACUGACGUGGAGUUCAAAUAGACCGGACGCAAGUUCUAGUUACACGACAUGGCCUAUAAUUUUUAUGGACUGUCCAAAACCGAUGCAUUCUCCUGGCCUUGUAGAAACAGCUCCAUGCGUCAAGGACGGCACCUACUCUUCCAAUUCUUCUUUGUCCAAUGGUUUAAGAAUGUUUUCUUAUUCCAUCCUUGGCUGGAAUGGCUUCAUAAGUUCAUUGGAUUUGGGGGAGUCCUGUGAAAUAACGCAGAUGCUUAUGGUCUCACCUUCGUUAUCCGUAGAAGACAUGCAUGAACACUUGACGUCCUGUGAAGGCAUAUAUAGUGAAAUAGCGCAUGGCUUCGAGCUUUCAUGGUUUGACCAGGCUUGUAGCACCUCAAACUGCACAGAGUACCCGUGUGUGCUCAACAAGUUGAGCAAAAUUGAGUGCCUUCGCUACGAAGAACAUUGGUACAACAAGAUCUUAAAGCCCAUAGAUAGGGUUUUGUACCAGAUAUAUUUGUACAUCGACUCUUGGUUUAUACCUGAGGACAAGUGGUGGAAUGUGUACCCUUACCGGCGUCUGAUUGUUGUGAGCUCAUUCCUAGGACUAUUCCAAGUAGUCAGAUUUUUAUUUGGCUUUCCCUGUUUAAUUGCAUUAAUAAUAUACAAAUGCAAAAGGAGGCACUUGUCCAUGUAUGAAAAUAUAGAAGACUUUCUGCAGAAUAAUCAGCUCAUGCCAGUAAGGUACUCUUACUCGGACAUAAAAAAGAUGGCCAGAGGUUUUAAGGACAAGUUAGGGGAAGGUGGCUUUGGUUCUGUGUACAAGGCAAAGCUUCGCAGUGGCCGUCUUGUAGCCAUCAAGAUGUUGGGCAAGUCGAAAGCCAACGGGCAGGAUUUUAUCAAUGAAGUUGAUACCAUCGGAAGGAUUCACUAUGUUAACGUGGUGCAACUUAUUGGUUUUUGUGUGGAGGGUUCAAAGCGUGCUCUUGUAUAUGACUUCAUGCCUAAUGGGUCUCUUGAUAAGCACAUAUUUUCUCAACAAGGAGUUAUCUCCUUAAGUUGCGAGAAAAUGUUUGAAAUCUCACUUGGAGUGGCUCGUGGUAUUGAAUAUUUGCAUCGAGGAUGUGACAUGCAAAUUUUGCACUUCGACAUCAAGCCUCACAACAUUCUUCUCGAUGAGAACUUUCUUCCGAAGGUUUCAGAUUUUGGGUUAGCAAGGCUAUGCCCAUUGGAUAAUAGCAUUGUGUCUUUGACUGCAGCGAGAGGAACCAUCGGAUACAUGGCUCCAGAGUUUUUCUACAAAAACAUUGGAGGUGUUUCGUACAAAGCUGAUGUCUAUAGUUUUGGGAUGCUGCUGAUGGAAAUGGCUGGAAAAAGAAAGAACUUAAACGCAAAUAUAGAACACUUGAGCCAAAUAUACUUUCCGACAUGGGUUUUCGACCAGCUGAGUGGAGGAAAUGACCUUACAAUCGGAGAUGCUACAGAGGAGGAAAAGAAAAUCAUUAAGAAGAUGAUUAUUGUGGCGUUGUGGUGCAUACAAAUGAAGCCUAGCGACCGUCCUUCUAUGAAUAAAGUUGUAGAGAUGCUUGAAGGAGAAAUUGAAAGCCUUCAAAUGCCUCCAAAGCCUUUCUUAUACCCACAACAAAUGCCAGUGGUGGUUACUGGCGGCAGUUCAAGUACCGCAUCAGCUGCAUCGAGGACAACGACAACAUCUAGGGAAAUUGUUUUGAUUGCAGAUGAAAAUUCACAGAGUUAA